AUGGCACUGCUAGGGAAGGUGUUGGUUAUCGCUUUCCUGUUGUCGGCUGCUCAAGCGAAUUCGAAAAACGAAAAGAAGGAUGACGAAUUAUUCGAUUUCUUCAACGAUGACGACGACGAAUUUUUCAGCGAAUCGAAAGACGAUUUAAAGAUUUCCGAAAGCAACAACGAAGAAGACGAUAAGAAAAGAGAUAAAAAAUUUCGCGAUAAUUUUGGCAGCGAAGAAAUUUUCGGUGGGAGUAAUCGCAAGGAGAAAAAAUUUGAUGGAGGCGAGGAAAAAGAAAUCGAAGAAGUUGGACACGAUUUCUACGGAGUCCCGAGCAACAAAGAUACGAUGUACGGCCCCUACAGUUUCUUAACUGACGAACUCAGGCCUAAAUUUCCCAAAAUUCCUGACCCGCCCAAACGAAAGUAUCGGCCUACUACUGAACCACCACAACCACCACAACCACCGGUACCUCCACCACCACAACCACCGGUACCUCCACCACCACAACCAAGCACCACCAAGGCACCACCACCUCCACAAAUACCCCCCAAACAAGAAUCACAACGCGUUCAAAGUCAGGAGCGCGGUCGCCCGUACGCGUUCGCCUACGGCGUGAACGACGCGAGCAGCGGCACGAGCUUCAACCAAGCGGAGACCAGCGACGGCAACGGCGGCACCACCGGCCAGUAUAAGGUGCAUCUUCCUGAUGGGAGAAUACAAACCGUCAAUUACAUGGCGAAUAAGAACGGCUACCAAGCCAAUAUCAUAUAUGAUGGUGAGGCAAGAACUGUCGGGCAACCACCAACCCAACCUUCUUCUUCACCCCCUCCCCAACACAAAGCCCAGCGGGAAAAUAACCUAAAUCCCACCCCGUCUCAUCAUGAAGCACCACACAACCAGCACCAGCAACAUCAUGUUGGUACAAGCAAACAUACCCACGAUGACCCAUCACCUGGUCCGAUAAGUAAGCACGAUACUCAAGCACCUUCUCAGGUUGAGUUGAGCACCAACCACCAUCAUAAACAAAAUAUGCAAACCUCUCAAAGACCUCCUGAAAGUAACCAAUACAACGUCCUAACAGACAAAGUGGUCGAGUCCUCACCACAAAAAUUUGCACAAGAACAGUCUCAGGAACGAGGUUCAAUUAACACACGAAAGGCAGAAGAUAGAUCACUCGUAAAUCAACCUGGGCCUCCCUACCAACUCCACUCCAAUGACGACAACCAAAACCAUCCAAGCGUCCAGACUCAGCUUGUGGAAGAGCAAGAAACCGCAGACUCCGCAGCAACGCCAGUGGAUGAUGAUGAAGGCCAUUCGGAAUCUAUUGUUCGUGAUAAUAAACCAGCAAAAACUAACCUGCAGUCGCAAUUGCCGGCAGUAGAUAACUCCAAGCUUGAUUCGUCCUCAACUGAAGUGUACAAAGAAUUCGUUACAGAAAAUCAACCUGAAAUUCAAAUCACUGCAGGCCCCAUUCAGAGCCAAAUCCUCCCAGUUAAUAAUAUUAAACAACCAAAUAAUCCAGCGAGUCAAAUAUUUCUAAGUUCGAUUUUAGUCCCUCCAGUUAUUGCGAAAGAAACCUCCCUUGGUGUGACGGUUCAACCUUUUACCACCACAACCACGGCAACUGAAGCUGCAAUGCCAAUAACUACUCUUAAACCUGUAGCUCCAAUCACACCAACCUUUCCGCUCCAAACCCAAGCCGAUAACUCCAAAUCCGCCGGCCAAUCACUGCCCUCUGGCCACAGGCAAGCACCACAACCCAUUGUUCAGCUUUCGAUUGGCUCUUUGCCCGGAGAUGGCAGUCCUCGCUACAAUCCUAAGCAUCAAGCGACCGCACUAACUAUAGCUCCUACAACUUCAGCCACCAAGCCUAACCCAACUUCUCAGGUUACAAUUAGCAGCCGGAACUCCAGACUUGUUUCAGCACAAGGAAAUCUGCAGGUGCCUAUUGGUGUUCCUCGGGAUCAACAAAUAGCCUCUACAACCCACCAUCCUGUAACAGGGACUACGCAUCUUAUACGUCCAGCUCAUGAUAUGAACUAUAACUCAGUCCAACAGCGAACGCUCCCUCAGACACUCAUAGGAAACCCUCAGACCACGACUCCACAAUCAAGAAGUCCUCACAACUAUCGAGUGGACUUACAUAAGCCGAUAAACAUCAGUCCAGGGCCAGCUUAUACCACUCAUCGACCUCAACUCACAAAUGCAGUGGCUGCUCAUUCACAAUUCGGUGCAAAAAUUCAACCAAAUGUUGCGGGUGGGCCUCAAGUUUCAGAAAAAAAUGGCCGCAAUGUCACUUAUCCACAAAACGACAAUAUUUCAAGACGGCCCAGGCAUGUCUCUCCAACAAUUACUCAUACAGAUGUCCAAAUGAGACCUGAAGAACAACCGCCAAACAACCUCUUGCCUACGGCUGCAAGGCCGAGUACAUCAUUUAAUCCGGCUCCUGAAUAUUCAAAUAUUCCUUCAGGUCUCUCAACGCAACCACGCAAGGAAACUAGUCCGAGUGAGCAGACUGAAAUUCCAGAUCGGCCUGCUUCCCUGACUCCCAUCCUAAAAAAUCUUCCCGUCUCGAAUAGUCGAAAGUCGGUUACUCCGCUAACAAAUUAUAUACCUCAUUCUUCAUACACGCAACGUCCUCAAAUACACAUCAGCUCCACACUUCCCGCAAAGUAUCGUACAUUCAAGCCAUUGUUGUCGGCCAAAGUUCAAGUCUUCGGAGCAUCUAACAUAACCCUGCAAACGGAACCACCAAAGAUAGACGAAAAUGCGGGAAAAGAACAAAAAGAUGUUAAUCCUUCUACGGGUUCUAAAGUUAUAAGUGGUAGCGAAGGUGGAUAUGUGUCAUUUAUUGCUGGAAGAGUUGGCAUGUCGUCACCAGUUUCAGAUGUUCUAAAAACGAGCGAUGAAAAAAUACCUUCACCAACCACGACUGAACCCGUGACCGAAACCCAUUUUAAAGACAACCCCGUUGAAAUUAAACAAAUUCCUCUGAAUAUUCCGCAACCAACGCUGGUGCAACGUCUAACGCAACCUCCGCUUCCCGUUGGACAUCGCAAAAAACGGUCGGUCGUGAAUAGCUCAUCAUCGCCGAAAGUUCGGUCUCGAGCUCACGCAUCUUUAGAAAAUUCUGAACAAUAUUUACCCCAACUUGGACGGCAAGAUUCUACUGCGCGUCCCACAUAUUAAAUUAAACCUAAUCAAGAAUUUGAAAUCAAAGAAUAUAUAAAGUAAAUUCACCGUGUCUUCAUUGAAGAAAUUUCAAAUUUAGUUCGACCAUAAGUUAAAAACUUCGAAAGUACAUGUAUAGUCAAAGGCUAAAAUAUACACUGGGGAGAUUAAAACUUAAUUAGACAUACUAACAGGGGGUCAAUGGGGUUAACGAGACAAUCAACGUUGAUCGUCUCGAUGACAAGAUUAUAUUGUUUUUGCAGUUAGAACUGAUGAUGAAUCUCCAAAACGUUUUCAGUGCAAUGAAUCAAAUUGAUAUUUGUUUAGCUUUUAAAUCCUUAGUCAAUUUGCUUUUCAAGCAAACUUUUUAUAUUGAAUAUUAGUCGCGCGCAUGAUCAUAUUCAAGUUAUUAAAUGACAUAAUAUUCGAACUAAUUCUUUGGAAACAAAAUAUUUCAAUGGAUAUUCUUCAGAAUUUGUCUAUGAGAUGCAUUCAUUGGAAUUUUCAAUUUCGUGCACACAAGCACAAGAGAAAAAAUUUACGGAUUGCAAAUUAAAUUUUGCAUAACAAUACAUUCCCAAUUCCGAAUAAAUAGCUUAUACUAGUAUUUAAUCCGAACAUAUUAUACUGACGCUGAAGAAUAUACAUAUAUUCAUUAAUUGCCAAUGUUGACAAAUCGAUUCCCCAAUUAUUAUUUUAAUUUCACUCGCAGCACAAUUAAAUUUAGCCGUAGAAUCAUAUUAGUAUAUGAAGAAUAAUUCAGGAGCUAUAAGAGACAUCCAUUAAAUAAAUUAAUAUCAAUUCUGAUCGCAAAAUUUCAAAAUUUGUU